UUAAAGUGAUCGAGUUCCCCUUCCUUCUGCCUCCUCCGUUUCGGUCUCUCCUGCCGCCCUCGCCUCAUCGAUCUCGUCGCCUUCCUGCAUCCAUGGCUUCGUCGACCGCGAGCCGCUGGUUGAGGCCUGAGGUUUUCCCUCUGCUCGCAGCGGUCGGUACCGCGGUGGGUAUCUGCGGCUUCCAGCUUAUCCGCAACAUCUGCAUCAACCCGGAAGUGAGGGUCAACAAGGAAAACAGGGCUGCUGGAAUACUCGAUAACCAUGCAGAAGGAGAGAGAUAUGCAGAGCAUGGAGUUCGGAAAUUCGUUCGGAACAAAACCCCUCAGAUCAUGCCUGGAGUCAAUGAUUUCUUCACCAAUCCAUCCAAAUGAGAAGUAGCUUCGAAAUUGAUGCUUGAUUCAUGCAGUGUUUCCAUUUCUCUUAUUGCCUUUAAAAUAAAAUGUCAUACAGAAUCAAAUUUUGAUAUUUCAUUUCCUUCAACAUGAACCAUUAUCCAAAAUUCAUGUAUUGAAUGAUUGAUCUCAUUGAGAUCUGGAAAUAAUUUUUUUUGUGGAACUAAAUACAAAAAAAUAAUAUAAAUUAUUAUUA